CGUUGGUCUGGUCAAUUUGGUUUUGUAUAAAUACAAGGGGGAGGUUUUCUUGUGGAAGAUGAAGGAUGCUUUCAAAAUAACGUUCUUCUUUUUUCUUCUUUCUUGAUACACAGACCAUCAAAAAAUUUAUUUUCUUCAAUCAAUCAAUCAAUCAAUCAAUUCUAUAUAUCUCGUUUUUCUACUUUCUAUUUCCUAAGCAUCAAUAGAACUGGACACGUAUACUUGGUACUCAUCUUUAUACCUUAAAUCAACCGACAAAUUACAAUGGUCUCUUCCACAAUAUCACCAUCGUCGCCCGCCAAGAGCAAGCUGAUAGUCUUCGACACCACGCUGCGCGACGGCGAGCAGUCGCCAGGCGUGACGCUCAACACUGAGGAGAAGAUUGAGAUAGCGCGGCAGCUCUCGCGCCUGGGCGUUGACAUCAUCGAGGCUGGCUUUCCAGUCGCGUCGCCAGGCGACUUUAAUGCCGUGCAGCGCAUCGCGCGCGAAGUCGGAGGGCUGAUGGAGGGCCGCGAUGGGCUCGAGCCGAUGGUCAUCUGUGGGCUCGCGCGGUCGGUCAAGAAGGACAUCCAGACAGCGUACGACGCAGUCAAGGACGCGCCGAGGCACCGCAUCCACGUUUUCCUGGCGACAUCGGACAUCCACCUCGAGUUCAAGCUGAAGAUCAGCCGUGACGAGUGCAAGGCGCGCAUCAGGGAGAUGGUCGGGUUUGCCAAGAGCCUGUGCGCUGACAUUGAGUUCUCGCCCGAGGAUGCCGGCCGGUCGGACCGCGCGUUCCUGUGCGAGGCGCUUGCUGUGGCCAUCGAGGCUGGCGCCACGACACUUAACAUUCCAGAUACUGUCGGCUACAACACGCCGCACGAGUACGGCGCGCUGAUCGCGCACCUCAAGCAGAACACACCUGGCGCUGAUAGCGUCAUCUUCUCGACGCACUGCCACAACGACCUGGGGCUGGCCACGGCCAACACGCUGGCCGGCAUCAGCAACGGCGCGCGGCAGGUCGAGGUGACCAUCAACGGCAUUGGUGAGCGCGCCGGCAACACUUCGCUCGAGGAGGUCGUCAUGAACAUCCACACGCACCCUGACACGUACCCGGUGCACCACACCAUCAACACGCGCCUGUUGUUCUCGACGUCGCGCAUGGUCGAGGACCUCUCGGGCAUGGCCGUGCAGGCCAACAAGGCCAUCGUUGGCCGCAACGCCUUCUUGCAUGAGAGCGGCAUCCACCAGGACGGCGUGCUCAAGAACAAGACUACCUAUGAGAUCAUCCGCCCCGAGGACGUCGGCGUCACCACCGGCAACCUGGCCCUGGGCAAGCACUCGGGCAGACACGCCUUCAAGACCAAGCUCGAGGAGCUCGGCUACGGCGGCGCCGCGCUUUCCGACGCGCAGUUCCAGACGGCGUUUGCCAAGUUCAAGGACCUGGCCGACUCCAAGAAGGCCGGCGUCACUGACGGCGACAUGCACGCGCUGGUCGCCGACAUCCGCUCGACGUCGCUCUCGGGACCCACCAGCGCGCAGCCCGACGACACCACCGCGGAGGAGUCUGCGUCGGAGGAGCCGGCCGCCGUGCAGUACACUCUGAAGCAGCUGCACGUGUUCACCGGUGUCAACGUCAUGCCGACGGCGACCGUCACGCUGCACGACGCGCACCGCGGCGUUGACCUCACGGACGUGGCCGUGGCCAAGAACGGCCCGAUCGAGGCCACGUACUCGGCCAUCCAGCGCAUCAUCGGCAGGGACAUUGAGCUGCUCAACUUCACAGUCUCAGCCACCAGCGUCGGGCAGGACACGCAGGGCAAGGUGUCUGUGCGCAUCGCGCAGUCUGGGUCGUCGUCAACGUCAGUGGUCUCGUCGGCAACCGCGUCACCCAAGCCAGAGGAGCAGCUGCUGACGUCGUACGGCGCCGUGCCAAAGUUCUCUGGUGUUGCGUGCAACGUCGACAUCAUCACGGCAUCAGCAAAGGCAUACUUGACGGCCGUCAACCGCAUGGUCAGCCACGACUCGGCAGACAACCGCGCCAGCCACAAGCAGCGCAACGUCGAGAUCUAGAUAUAAGAGACGAUGGCCU